AUGAGCGACGGAGAGCCUCCAGUCCCUGACACCCGCGUGUUGGCGGUUGCUAGCCAUGUUGUCUCUGGCUACGUAGGCAACAAAAUCGCCGUCUUCUCCAUGCAAUCCCUCGGCUGCGACGUCGCCGCCCUCAACACGGUGCAAUUCAGCAACCACACAGGCUACCGCCAGUUCACGGGAACACGGGUAUCCGCUGCGGAAAUCACGGACUUAUACCGGGGUUUGAAGCAAUCCUACCUAGAUGAUUUCGACAUGAUGUUAUCUGGUUACGUCCCCGGUGCUCCAGCUUUGGAAGCAGUAGGGGAGAUUGCGAAGGAACUGAAAGAGAAGGCUCAAUCCAGAAACAAACCGGGAUCUUUCUUUUGGGUGCUGGAUCCUGUCAUGGGCGAUAAUGGGAGCUUGUAUGUCGCGCAGGAUGUGGUGCCUGUUUAUAAGGGGCUGAUGAAGUAUGCGGAUCUGAUUCUGCCGAAUCAAUUUGAGGCUGAACUACUAUCAGAAGUCAAAAUAGUAGACAUGCCAUCCCUAACCCGCGCCAUCUCCGUCCUCCACGAACGCUACGCCAUUCCGCACAUCAUUAUUACUUCGGUCUCCCUCCCCGACAGCAACACUCCCUCGUCUACAGCUCCCAACUCCGUACCCGGCUCUUCAGCGCCUACACCACCACAACUACCCCAAGAAGAAGAAGAAAACCAAGGCCAGUCCCAACCACCCCGCACCAAAACUUUGAGUGUGGUAGGCUCAACAAUGACUUCCACCCGGCAACCGCGCGCCUUCCAGAUUAGCUUUCCCGCCAUCGACUGUUAUUUCAGUGGAACAGGCGAUAUGUUUUCCGCGCUGAUGUUGGUGCGUAUGCGGGAAGCUGUGUAUAACACUGAAGGAGGCCUGACGGAGAGAGAGAGCUGGUUGAGUGAAGAUGGUGUGGACGCGCUGGACUUGCCUUUGGCGAAGGCGGCGGAAAAGGUGUUGGCGAGCAUGCAUGAGGUUUUGACGAAGACGGCGGAGGGGAUGAAAGGGCGGGUGGAGAGGGCUAAGGGGUUUGUUGAGGAACAGCUUCAGAGGGAGAGGGCACAGACGAAUGGGUAUACGAAUGGCAAUGGGACGCAAGAUGGGGAAGUACAGCACGUGGAUAAAAAGCCCAAGCUGGAAUCUGAACAGACGAACGGGAAUGGGGUGCUGAGCACAGAGACGGAAAAGACGGAGAAGACGGAGGAGGAAAUGAUAAAAGAGAAGGAAGAACAAGAAGCGGAGGCAAGGAAGAAGUUACACUUGAUGAAGAGCAAGGCGGCGGAGUUGAGGCUGGUGAGGCACUUGGAUAGCUUGAGGCAUCCUAAGGUGGAGUUUAGGGCCAGGAGGAUAGAGUGCUCUUAG